AUGAGCCUUCAAUCAUGCUCCUUAUAUGAAUUUAGAAUUACAGCAGUUUCCAAAUAUGGGGAGAGCAAGCCCGUUAUUUUAGUUCAAUAUACUGAACCCCAACUUAGUCCCCAACACAUUUUGGCUACAAAAUUGAGCCCAAAUUCAAUCGAAUUGAGUUGGGAGCCGCCCUAUAAAAGAGCUAAUGAUUUAAAGGUUCUAAAAAAUUUUUUAACCGAAGAAAAUUUUUUAAAGAAUUAUGUUGUCUACUGGACAGAUAAUUCAGAAGCACGUUUAGGUGAAUGGCAAAAAAUGAAUGUUUAUGGAAGGAGAGUUGUCUUUACCGAAUUAAAAUAUGACUGGUUUUAUCUGUUCUGCGCUGUAAAUUUUUACAGAAAAUUUUUUCGAAAAAAAUUUUCUUUUAAUAGACUGCCUGUUUUAACAAUGGAGAACGCUCACCUCUGUCUAGGGCACUUUUUGCUAAAACUGAUAAAAUUGAAUUUAAUACGAAAUGUAAGGGGAUUAAAAAUUUUGAUUUUUUAA